AUGACGGUAGCCCAGGAGGAAGCACCCAAAGUGGUGACUGUUGCAGAGAGCUCCGAGACUACAAAGUCGUCCUGCUCAGAGGAUGCGGUGGCCCCUCCCCCAACACAGCGGCCAGCUGGAAAGUUUGACGUCUUGAUCCAAGGAGUGGCUCUCUUCUCUGAUGGCUACAACAUCCAGAUUAUCGGCUACAUGAACACGGUCUUGGCCAAGCUUUAUCCAAAGGAGAUGACCUCAGAAGUCAAGACGCGACUGUCCAACUCUAUCCUCAUCGGCGAUGUCUUUGGUAUGCUGUUGUUUGGUCUUUGUAUUGACAAAUUCGGCCGCCGCGUCGGUAUCGUUCUUACGACUCUGUUUCUGGUCUUUGGUAUCAUCCUGGCUACGGCCUCGCAUGGUAACACUGUCGAGGGAAUGUUUUGGAUGAUGGUUGUUGGUCGAGGAGUUGCUGGUGUGGGUGCGGGUGGAGAGUAUACCGUCUGCACUAGUCAGGCACUAGAAUGUGCAGACAGUACCCCGGAGAUGCGCAAGCGAAGGGGCAUGCUCGUUGCCGUAUCCACAAACGCUGCAAUAAUUUCUGGGUUUGUCGGCUCCAGUAUCGUGUCACUUAUCGUCAUUGCGGCCUACGGUAGCCAGGCUAGUGACGGCAUCUGGCGCAUAUGCUUCGGCAUCGGUAUCUUUCUCCCCCUUACCAUAUUCUUCUUCCGCAUGCGGCUUGCCGACUCGGAACAGUACCAGAAACACGCCAUCCAACACAAGGUGCCUUACUGGCUUGCCAUCAAGUUCUACUGGCGCGCUCUUCUCGGCUGCUGUUCCGCCUGGUUCCUGUACGACUUUGUGGUUUACCCAUUCAACCUGCUGGCUCCCACUCUCGUUGCCGGCUUCUCGAGCAACCAGUCCAUGAUUGAAAGCAUCGGCUGGAGCGCCCUGAUCAACUUCUUUGCGCUUCCCGGGUCCUUCAUCGGCGCCCUGCUCAUGGACCGCAUCGGGCGCCGACAGACGUAUGCUCUGGGGUGGGCGAUUGUUUGCGUCUUUGGCUUUAUCAUUGGCGGCUCCAUGGUUCAGCUCCAAAACAUCUUUCCGUUGUUCGUUGUUCUCUACGCACUCUUCCAGACGUUUUUGUCGGUUGGGCCGGGCGACUGCAACUUUCUGGUCUCGUCCGAGUCGUUUCCGACUCCUCUUCGUGGGCACUUUCUCGGAUUCGCAGCGGCGGUGGGCAAGGCAGGAGCUGCGAUCGGUACCACUGUUCUGAGCCAGGCGUUGGCCUCCUUUGAUGACAAGGUCAAGGGUCAACAGGCCAUUUUCCUGAUUGGCAGUGGCAUCUCGGUCGUUGGAACCCUUUGUGUGUGGUUUCUCAUUCCAAAUGCACCCAAAAACCUCGAGGACGAAGAUGUUCGGUUUAGAAACUAUCUUCAACAGAACGGCUACGAUACUAGCGACAUGGGUCUGCAGGCCAAGAAGGUGGAAGGGGCCGAGUCUUGAGCUGACCAAAGUCCAAAUUGUGGUAUCGAUUCGGCCAAGAAACUCAAGUAGAUGUGUACACUGCACAGUAGCAUCGACCAUUGUAGCUUCCAUGGUUUAAACACCUUAAAGUUGGCUUCUUUGUAUUUGUCCGUCAACGAAACCCAGGCAUAGUGAUCAGAACGCGAUAUCCGUAUGCCAAGCCCCCGACUUUCCUUGCAAUUAGGGUGCCUCGUGAGAUCGUU